AUGAUUAUCAUAUUAUUAAUUAUAUUUACAUUUUUAUUUCUACAUACAAUACAAACUGUAAGAUUUUUAAUAGGACAUUUUUUUGAAACUGAAGAGAUUAAUGAUAUGGUUAAACUUGAUAUGAGUGUAUGGCAACAAAUUCCGAAUGAUUAUAUAUCGAAAAGAAAAAUUCCCAGAUAUCUUCAUCAAAUUUGGAUAUCAUCAGACAAUAAAAACAUGACUGAAAAAUUUCGUAAAGCAGCCGAUUCAUGUAUUGAAUUAAAUUCCAAUUAUAAUUAUACAUUAUGGACACAUAAAAAAAUUCUAGUUUGGUUACAAACUGAAUAUUCAUGGUUUUUACCAUUAUAUAAAAAUUAUAAAUAUGAUAUGCAACGAAUAGAUGCAAUGAAAUAUUUAUUAUUAUUUCAUUUCGGUGGUGCUUAUAUUGAUCUUGAUAUAAAAUGUAAUGUUCAAGAUAUAAUUACUGCUAUGAUACCAACAAAUCAAACAGAUUAUGAACCUGAUAUUAUAUUACAUAUGGGAACCGAAGGUAUAUCAGCAAAUACAGAUAUUAUGAUAUCGAAACAACAUCAUCCGUUUUUUAAAUUAGCUGUUAAUCGGCUUAAAUCAGCAAAUCGAUGGUUUUAUUUAUAUCAUUUAACAAUUAUUUUGAGUGCUGGCCCGACUUUUCUUUAUGGGAUUUAUAGAACAUAUCCAUUUAAAGAUAAUUUUUAUUAUAUACCAAAUAAUUUGUUAUGGGGAAAAUUAUUUGAUGGUGUCGGUGGUGGAACAUGGUAUGGUAAUGAUACAUUGCUACUAAUCUAUGUGAUGGAAAAUAAAUCUCUUUUAUGUUUCAUAAUAUUUAUUGUCAUUAUCAGUCUGUCUUAUGUUUAUAAAGUUUGGAAGAGAAUACAUUAUUGA